AUGAGCGAUUUAACAGUUUUGGUGUCCCCUAUUCCCCAACUUGCCUAUUCUUCCCCCCCUUCCCCACUCGCUGCCCGCCGCAAGCGCAGCCCAUCGCCAAUCAUGGUCACUUUGGAAUCUGACGCUCCAGAAACCUCAGAGACGGUAGCGCGAACUGCUGGGCCCGCAAGCGACCCAGCAUUGCUCAGCCCUCCGAUAAACACUUGGAAGUCUCGACCACAGUCGAGGAAUGAGGUCAGACCACGGCCGCGACAUGCACCGACCCGCUCCCAAAGCGCACCACCCUCCCAGACAGCAUUUGUCCGCGCGCCGAUGGCUGAACGGCCAUUUGAAAGCAACCUGGACCAGCCAAUGUCCGCAGGAGUCGCUGAGCAAUUCGGCAGAAAUCCUCCCAGGCCACCAAGGAGAAACCACACGAUGUUCGGGGCGGGCUACAUGCAUGUUUCAGAGGGAAUGACAAUGCGCGGAGGGGAGCUGGUGCGACCACCCCCGCCCUUGCUACGACCGACUACUUUUUGGCGGCGGGCGCAUCGUUCUGGUGUUGCUGCAGCAUCCUACUCUCCUGCUUCCCAUCUCAUCCGACGCUCAACAUUUAUUGCCGCUGGACUUCAAUUUGACGCGCCAGUCCACGACCUCAGCGCUCUCGGAGUCGAGAGUCGUAUUACGGGCGAAGAAGGCAUCACCAGGCCCAGUCCUCGUGUAGUGGAAAUACCUCAGGCAUUUGAGCUCCUGAAUAUCUGA